CGUUCGCUCGUAAAUUACGCUUGAAAGAGAUAACGACGAUUUAAAAUUUUCUUACCGUACAACAACUGUCGUACUUUAUAUAUUUUUGUUAUUAUUUGUUAUAAUAUUUUGUUGUACAGUCUUGUUGUACAGUCAGGUACUUAAUAAUUGCUGAUUCUCGGAAAAUGUACAAUGUUACUCCAUAUAAAUGAUUAUAUAUAUGAUUUAUACCUGUUAGCUGCGAGUUGAGAUCUCUAGUCCAGAACGCGUCGAUUUAAUAAUAUUUAAUCUUUCAGUUAAUUAUUAUAAUUUAAUAUUUAUAAUUACUUGAUCCGUUGAAAUAUCUGCAACUGUGUAUUUCGAUCUCACAAUUAUUGUUUGUUUCACGUGUCUUCAUAUCUACUAAUCCUGUACGAGUAUUAUACUUUUCGAAACUUGACUAUGGAUGAUUUCUUGCGACUGGUGACUUCGGACUUUGAACGUAUAGCGACUAGCACUGGGUUUCGAUUCAACCAAUACAGUGGAUCAGUGGACUGGGAAUAUUUAGAAGAAUUUGCCAUUAAUGAUGUAGUUGAAAAAGCUGAUGUAAAGACUCUGUCAAUGCUUGUAGCCAGUGUUCUUAGUUACAAUAUUGAGAAAAUGAGUGCGUCUAAGAAAUUAUUUCGUCUUUCACAAUUGAUCAUAGACUUUUUGUUGCAUUAUAAAAAACAUUCAACUUUUAAGAUCAAUGAUAAAGCAGAUUCAAUGGCACUUUGUGAGUUGUGUGGAAAGAUGUUUAUGGAUGUUUCUUAUUUAAAAUAUCAUUGUUUCCGUCGACAUAAACUUAACUCUUGCACUUUUACAAGUUCACCAGAAAAUGAUAAUGUUGAUAGUUUAAAAUCAGAGAUCUUUCAACUUCAAACUCAAUUGAAAGAAAUUACAUCAACUUUUGAGAAUAAAUUAAAAAAUUCUAAAAUGUACAUAGAUGAACAUGACCUAAAUAACUGUAAUUCUGUUCACAAAAAUAAAUUAUUAUAUCAUUUAAUACCUCAACCAGGUGAUAACCCUAUGCAGAUACAAGAAAUGUAUUGGAAACAAAAAUAUGAAAGCUUAGAAGAAAAUUAUAAUACUCUUAAAAAUGAAUAUGAAGUAAAUCAAAAUUCUUCAAAAUCUAAAACUAUUUUACAUCAUAAAUACCAACAAUGUGAUUUUUAUGAGUCUCAAAAUUCAUCAAAAUGCAUACAGACAAAUCUUUUAAUUGAAAAUUCAACUCCUGUGUGCUCUCCAAAACGACCACCUCGGACAAUUGAUGCACCACCUAUGAAUAAAUAUAAAGGAAUAUGUAGUAUGGAUAUUUCAGACAUAGAUCAGACAAAUACAGAUUGUUAUCAAUGUAAAACUGAUUUAAGUUCAGACAGAGAUUUUUAUGAGUUAAAGAAACUAAGACUGGAAGCGCGUUUGAAUAUUAAUGAUAACAGUGUUUGUGAAAAUUUGUCUGAACCUUUAUUGUCUUCUGACUAUGUAGAUAGUUUAAAAAUUGUAUUGAUACUUGGUGAGGAUCGUGUGAAUGAAUUAUUUAAAAAUACCUCUUUAAUGGAUUUAAUAAAACUUGAUGUCAAAGAAUUAGUUAACAAAAGGCUGGAAGAGUGUUAUAGGUUUAUCGAUGAGAGUGUAGAACAGGAUAAUUGUUUACAUGAAAUGUGUGAAAAUCAAGAAUCUUCUGAAGUUACCAUUUGUGAAGAUAAUAAGAAAGAACAAUAUAGUUCUCCAGAAAUUGAUUGUAAUAAGACUUCAGUUAAAAAGGAUAAGACAGUCAUGUCAAAAUUAAAAAAGAAAGCAUUGCGCUUGGGCAAUAUAUUUUCUCCAAAUUCAAAAAAUAAAAAACUAGAAGUGCAAGCAUCUACUAAAGAAGAGCCUGAGAUUUUACAAUCAAACGAACAACUUAAUAAGGAUAUUGGUAAUGCAUUAUAUACAUAAUGAUAUAUAAGUAUUAUUAUCA